AGCCGCGGCAGGCGCGAUGGGGGAUUAGGGGCGAGCGAGCCGCUGCUGCCGCCGCCUUCCGUGUUCCGGCUUCCUGCCGCCAGCCGCGGCGGCGCUGGGCACGGAUGCGGCCGGCGCGGGGCCGGGGCUGCCCCCCGCACGCCCAGCGGGGCUCCGAGCUGGAGAUGAAGGCGGUGGCCUGACACCGAGGGCCGUUCCACUCACGAGAGGGACCCCCGGCCAUGGGCAGUCACGAGAAGGAGCUGGCCUCCCCCCGGAGGGCGCCGGCGCCGUCCAGGUCCAACAGCACCGUGUCUUCCAAGCACAGCAGCGCUCACCAGGGCUCUGAGUGCUGGGAGGUGGUGGAGGAGCCCUGGGGCAGGAUCGGGCCCGGCCAGGAGCCGGAGCGGCACGAGGGAUACCUGCUGAAGAAGAGGAAAUGGCCCCUGAAGGGCUGGCAUAAGAGAUACUUCGUGCUGGAGGAGGGGAUCCUGAAAUAUGCCACCACGCACCAGGAUGUCCUCAAGGGCAAGCUUCACGGCUCCGUCGACGUCCGUCUGGCCGUCAUGUCCAUCAACAGGAAAGCGCAGCGCGUGGACCUGGACACGGAGGAGAACAUCUACCACCUCAAGAUCAAAUCCCAAGAGCUCUUUACCAGCUGGGUGGCCAAGCUGUGCUCCCACCGGCUGGCGGAGAAGCCCAAGUGCCCUGCGCCCACGGGGGGCCCGGCCGGGCGAGUCCUGCCCCCCGCCCAGGGCUACGGCUCCCGGAACCACGUCCUGCCGUCGGACGGCGCCCCGGCCCUGUCCACGCUGACCAGCCCCCGGGACAAGGUGAACGCCUGGCUGAAGGACAGCGAGGGGCUGGAUAGGUGCUCGGCAGAGCUCUCCGAGUGCCAGGGGAAGCUGCAGGAGCUGAACAAGAUGCUCCAGAGCCUGGAGACCCUGCACCGCAUCCCGUCCACGCCCCUCAUCUCCAACAGCCAGACCUCAGCAGCUGCAGAGAGACCCAAAAAGGGGAAGCGAACCACCAGGAUCUGGUGCACCCAGAGCUUUGCCAAAGACGACACCAUCGGCAGGGUGGGCCGUCUGCACGGCUCCGUCCCCAACCUCUCGCGCUACCUGGAGUCGAGCCAGAGCCAGCCAGCCUUCAGCCUCCCCCCGGAGUACAGCCAGCUGCAGAGGAGCUUCUGGAUCCUGGCCCAGAAAGUGCACGGGUCCCUCAGCAGCGUGGUGGCCGUGCUGACCGCGGAGAGGAAUCGCCUCCAGGAGACGCGGCGGGCGCUGGAUUUGCAGCGCCGGGCGGGCGGCGCCAGGAACGCAGCCGCGGCUGGGGCUCCCUCGCCCAACCCGGACCACGCGGAGUAUCUGCGGCGUUUCCACUCCCUCUCCAUCUCCUCCGACGCCACGCUCGACUCGUUCACCUCGCUGCACCCGGACGAGCCUGACGCCCACCCGCCCAAGGGGCGGGAGCAGCAGCUGUCCAACCGCAGCAUCGUCUCGCUCUCGGACUCUCACACCGAGUUCUUCGACGCCUGCGAGGUCUUCCUGUCCGCCAGCUCCUCCGAGAACGAGGCCUCCGACGACGAGUCCUGCAUGAGCGAGGCCACCAACAGCCUCUCCGACGAGGCCGGGGGGGACAGGGGCUUCCAGAGAGCAGGCCGAGGCGCGGCGGACGGGGGGUCUGUGGCGUGCGUGUCCGAGCCGGGAGCGGGGGCGCUGCCGGCUCCCCUGCCCCAGCCCCUGCCCCUGCUGCUGCCCACGAGGCUCCCGCGCCGGAGCUGCCUGCCGGCCCCCAGCGUCCCCGCCGGCGACGUCAGCCUGUGGAACAUCCUGCGUAACAACGUGGGCAAGGACCUGUCCAAGGUGUCCAUGCCGGUGCAGCUCAACGAGCCGCUCAACACGCUGCAGCGGCUCUGCGAGGAGCUGGAGUACAGCGCCCUGCUGGACGCCGCCAGCCGCUGCGCCGACCCCUGCGAGCGCCUGGUCUGCGUCGCUGCCUUUGCUGUCUCUGCCUACGCCUCCACCUAUUACCGUGCAGGCAGCAAACCCUUUAACCCCGUCCUGGGCGAGACGUAUGAGUGCGUUCGGCCGGACAAAGGCUUCCGCUUCAUCAGCGAGCAGGUUUGCCACCACCCGCCCGUCUCCGCCUGCCACGCAGAGUCAGACAACUUCAUCUUCUGGCAAGACAUGAAGUGGAAAAAUAAAUUCUGGGGCAAGUCCCUGGAGAUCGUCCCCGUGGGGACCGUGAACGUCAGGCUGCCCAGGUUCGGGGACCACUUCGAGUGGAACAAGGUAACGUCCUGUAUCCACAACAUCCUGAGCGGGCAGCGCUGGAUCGAGCACUACGGCGAAGUCCUGAUCCGCAACGUCAGGGACAGCAGCUACCACUGCAAGAUCACCUUCUGCAAGGCCCGUUACUGGAGCUCCAGCGUGAACGAGGUGCAGGGGGCCGUGCUGAGCCGCGGGGGGCAGGUGAUCCACCGGCUCUUCGGCAAGUGGCACGAGGGGCUGUACCGCGGCGCGCCCCCGGCCGGGCAGUGCCUCUGGAAACCCAACCCCAUGCCCCGAGAGCUCGAGAAGAACUACGGCUUCACGCAGUUCGCCCUGGAGCUGAACGAGCUGACGCCGGAGCUCAAGCGUUUCCUGCCCUCCACGGACACGCGGCUGCGCCCCGACCAGCGGUAUCUGGAGGAAGGCAACGUGCAGGCGGCCGAGUCUCAGAAGCGCCGGAUCGAGCAGCUGCAGAGAGACCGGCGCAGGGUCAUGGAGGAUAACAACAUCUUCCACCAGGCGCGUUUCUUCAGGCAGCAGACGGACCCCGGCGGCAAGGAGUCCUGGGUCAGCAACGACACCUACUGGAAGCUGCGGGCGGAGCCCGGCUACGCCAGCCUCGACAGCCCCGUGCUGUGGUAGCCGCGGGCAUCCCGGGGGCCGCCCAGGCACGUAGGGACUCUGGGGGCACCACAGCGCUGGACACGUGCAAGGAGGGCAGGGCACCGGAUCCCGGCCGCCCCCUCCGGGGUCCGCUGGGACGUUAGGCCAGGUGCCGCGGCAGUGCCCUCCAGUGGACAGGGUGUGAAAGGUGUCCUGGCCCUUCCCGGGUCCACCCUGCUCCCAUCCCAUCCCCAUCGCUGCUGUCUGCUGGCCGGACAGCCUGCCCCCGCUGGCACCUCGGGGACUGCUGGGGGGGCCAGCCCCAUGCACUUACUUCUGCCUUCCCCCCACGGGGGGCACCGUGAUCCGGGGGUGGGGGGGGGGAAGCUUUCAUUUUUCAAAUUCUUUGUAUUAAUUUAAACAAAACUGUGCAGAGAGGGGCCUGAAUCCGGGGGGGGCGGGCGGGUGAACUGCAGCAGAUGGGACUGUGUGCAUAGCAGGGGCCCAGAUCUUCCUGCGGGGAAAAGCCGUUCCUCAGCCUAGCCCUGGCCUUGGAGCCGGGAGCAGCCAGGCGAUGACCUGAGCAGCUGUGUUACCGAAUGGUUGGACCCAGGGCUCCUGGGUUCCAUUCCCAGCUCCAGGAGGGGAGUGGAGUCCAGUGGUUAGAGCGGGGGAGAUUUGGAAGGGUUCGGUUCCUGGCUCGCCCAGGGCUGUACGGCUGCGUGAGGUGUGGGGCAGGACGUGGGCGUUAAUGACUGACGGUCCGUAGAGCCCUCGGGCACCCCUCUGGUCUGGGGCUGGCGUGUUCUCUGCCGGUUCCCCUUGGGCCCCCGAAUCUGCUCAGGGCCGGAGGCAGCCCUUUUCUCCCGUUCUUGGGAGGCCGCGGGGGCAGGUUCAGAAAGCACCCCUGGGGCUCUGAUGCUUUGGGGGGGUGUCCUGGGCAGGAGCUGCUGGAGUGCUCCCGUCACUUACCCGCAGGGGGCACUGCGGAGCUUGGAGGAAGGCGGCCAGCAUGGGGGGCAGGGAUCCCCCGUGUGGCUUGGGGUCGGCCUGCAGGUGGGCAGGCCCCGUCCGGCUGGGUUUGGCCAUUUCUUUGAUCAAACAUUCCACACCUCGAAUAAAGGAUCCGGAAGAGCCUG